GCCCGAUCGGGACCAGAGGCCGAGGAACACCAAAGCACCUCGGAAAGCCGCCGGGAGUGGGACUUUGAUAAUAAUUACGAUGCAAACUUAGAAAGAAUCAACUGAGAGAAUCAACUGAGGGAAUCAACUCAGGGAACCUUCAUUAUCGCUUGAUCGACUCGAUACUUUCUUUCCACUGCCACGAACUCUCUUUCUCCAUCCCAACCUGGAGCUUUCUCUCUCUCUCUCGCGCAAUGUCCGGGCAACCUCCCCUGCAGGGCAUCCGAGUCAUUGAAUUUGCCGGCUUGGCCCCUGGCCCUUUCGCCGGCCUGAUGCUGGCCGACGCGGGCGCCUCGGUCCUGCGCAUCGACCGGCCCUCGUCGUCGUCGGGCGCGCCGGCGCCUCCGGCGGACGACCUGCUGACGCGGCACAAGAGGUCGGUGGCGGUCGACCUCAAGAACCGGCGGGGCGCGGCGCUGGUGCGGGCGCUGGCAACGCGGGCCGACGUGCUCAUCGACCCGUUCCGCCCCGGCGUGCUCGAGGCGCUGUCGCUGGGGCCGGCCGAGCUGCUGCGGCGGAACCCGCGGCUGGUGUACGCCCGGCUGACGGGCUUCCGGCGCGACGGCCGCUUCGCCGCCAUGGCGGGCCACGACAUCAACUACCUCGCCGUCUCCGGCGUGCUCGCCCUGCUCGGCCGCCGCGGCGCCCCGCCCACCCCGCCCGCCAACCUGCUCGGCGACUUCGCCGCCGGCGGCGCCAUGCUCGUCCACGCCGUCCUCAUGGCCCUGCUCGCCCGCGAGCGCACCGGCCGCGGCCAGGUCGUCGAGGCCAACAUGGUCGACGGCGCCUCGUACCUGGCCAGCUUCGCCCGCUUCGCCCGCCGCACCCCGGUCUGGGACCGCCCCCGGGGCGAGAACCUGCUCGACUCGGGCUGCCCCUUCUACGACUGCUACGAGACGGCCGACGGCCGCUGGGUCGCCGUCGGCGCGCUCGAGGACCGCUUCUUCGCCCGCCUCGUCGCCGGCCUCGGCCUGCAGGGGCAAGGCUGGGAGCGGGGGAGGCGGCACGACCGCGCCCAGUGGCCCGAGCUGCGCCGGCUCAUGGCCGAGGCCUUCCGGUCCAGGACGAGGGCCGAGUGGGAGCGCGUGUUUGUGGGCACCGACGCGUGCUGCACGCCCGUCUACGACUACGGCGAGCUGGAAGAGGACCGCGAGGGGAAGGAGGGCGACCAGAGACCGGCCGUCACCCUCAGGGACACGCCCUUGCUGGCCGUCAGGAGGGAUGCCCGCGACGCCAGCCACGGGCAGGGGCCCGGCGUGGACGGGGAGGGCUAUGCCGGCCGUCGUCUCGAGCCGGGCUGCGGGGCGGAGGAGACGCUCAAGGAGUGGCUCGGCUGGUCGAGGGGCGACCAGUUUGAAGUCGAGGCGGGCGGUUUGGUGCUCAAGGACAAAGCUCAGCUGUGACGAGCGAGCGAGCGCCCGGGAGUGACGGAGAGCUACGGAAUAGGUAACUGUGGCCCCUCGAAGCAACCUUCACCGGCGAAACGGGCGUAAUCCUCCUUUUUUUUUUUAAUGUCUGAAUCUGACAUCGUCAAACGAAUGACCAACAUUAUUAUUUGUCAGUUAACUUUAACUGUAUAUAAAUCAUCCUGCAG